AUGUCGUCACCGAGAUUCAUAGAACUAUCGCGUCCAAAACAACGUCCAAUGGUAGAGGAGCGUACGCUGCCGGCGCCGAUACCGAAAGCGGCGUUACGCGGCACAGUCUCCGAUCGCAUAAUAGAAUUAGCUCAACCGAAAAUUAGACGGCCCGAUCCAGAAUGCGAGACACAGAAGCCAAUUAUUAAUCGUUCCCAACCAACGAUUAGAAGAAGGAAAAAAACGUCGGACAAGCCUAAUAAAAACGUGACACUUUUGGAAACGGAACAACGCGAAGCGAUUCGUAAUCUGACCUGCGGUAAGCCUAAAACCGAGGCGAACCUACUAGAACUACAAGAAUGGCUCAAGAAGAACGCAACGCCCAAAAAGCUCAUAGUCCAGCCGCCACCGGUAAAAACUGAAAAGCUUAGAUUCAUAUAA